AUUAGUUUUUCGUAAUAAUAUCAGGAAUAACAGAAUAUUACUGAUUAAAAUUGUCCUAUUUCCAAAGUUUCAAAGUGAGGAUUUGCAUUGAACUCUAUGGUGUGGCCAAGAUGGCGCCGCUUGUUGAUUUGUUAUCCUGUAGUAUAAUUGAGAAGGAUUGCAAUGGAGAUGUUUUAUGGGCUUGGUCCUACCCCUGUGUGACUACGGCUCAGAAAACUGUUGUUACAAGAAAAUGUAAUUCACAUUCAGAGAACAAUCAUAUCCAACCUUUUGUCUGUGCGAGACAUAGACAAGAUUGGUUUUACAUUCAAUGUUGCGAAGUAUUUGACUCUGAUAAACUGCCUAGGGUGAAACAAUUUGCUUUGGUACUAUUUACCAAGGAUUUCAAUCCACAGAAAUAUGAAGUGCUUUGCCGUAUUCUUAGUAAAACGUAUUGCAAAACUGGUAAUCCCGCAGAGCUCUUGAAACUGUACCUCUGUGUAUUCACAAAGGGAUCGUGUACAACACAAGAAAAUGGAACAUUUGUAUCUGACGACUUCAAUGGCAGGAGAGCAGUAACCAAUACUAAUGUUCGUGACCUGAUCAAGGCUUUUGAACUAGAAACAAUUUUGAUUUAUACAGCACUUCUAUUAAAAAAACGAAUUAUCGUAUAUCACCACAGUCUGGAGCAACUUUUAAAAUGGAUAAGAUCAUUCCCAGCUCUGAUGAAACACAGAAAAGUAACGGAAAAUCUAUUUCCUUGGGUCGAUUUGGUGCAGGAUGAAUUGGCUGAAUUGAAGGGUCAUUCACACUACGUUGCAGGAUGUAGAGAUAGCUCAAUUUCAUCAAGGAUCGAGUUGUAUGAUCUUCUGGUGAAUUUACCAGCCCGCGAAAUUACUGUUGCACCACACGCAAAAGAGAGCCUUACGAUGACAAAAACGCAUAAAGAGAUUGCAUUAUUCAUGGUGCAACUGUGCGAAAACCAAUCGUACAGUGAAGCUCAAAUAAUAUCCGAGAUUGCUGAUAAGACUCAAGAUUUAUUAAACCAAUUAAGGUCAUUGGCCACUGUGGAAACCCCUGAGGGCCAAAAAAUGGUCUCCGUGGAAACCUUCAAAGAGAGAAAUCUAGCGCCAGCCGUGGAAAAUUUCCUGAUAAAUCUAGCAGUUGCUGAAAAUUUAUUUAUGCUGUGAUACUCAAGUACCCUGGAUACAUUUAUACAUCAGACUAAACAGGGAGAAACCUACGUCAUUCCAGUAAUUAUAUAUUCUUUAUUCCAUACGCUAAUUAAUGUUGUUUUAAUGUAUUAUUCUUUAUAAAUAAAUGAUGUGCAUUUGUUG